UGCAACUAUAAGAGAAGCAGGUAGAAUUGCGAAUUAUUCGUUCAAACUUCACGACAUACACCAAAGACACUUUGCGCCCACCAAGCCCAAAAUCAAGGAAGCAACAAUCACGCAACGCAACAACCUUCAACACUAUCACACAGUCAUGGCUCUCAAGCAGACAACGAUUGACGACUGGAUCCGAGCUUCGGAGGCGGCUCGACGUUGCAAGCUCCCGUCCGAUGUUGUGGAAGCUUGGAAUCCCAACAUCGCGGCUGUUCUCACGUACUGGCGACAGUACUGUGCAUGCUCUUCCGCGUGGCAGCAAGAUCGUGCUCAUCCGGUCCAGGAGAGCAAGUUCGUCAGAUGGCAGCAGGAGUACAUUGCUGCCAAACAGAGAGCAGCAGAUGAGAAAGAAGCUGCUUUGGCCGCGAUCAAAUCAGAAGCACCAGCCCCAGGCGAGCUGGUGAAGUUACCACUCCCGCCCCGACAUGCCGCCUUGGUGGAAUAUAAGUCCUGGAGGUCGCUGAAGUCGAUCAGGGAGGGCGUGGAGCCGAACGUCGUUGGGUCGGACAACAAUGAAGGCAAGGAUGACCGGGAGGGGGGGAGCGAAGUGUCUGAUCUGACUGACGAGUUCGCUCACAUCUCGUCUUUGGUGUCCACGGACUGACCGAUCGACUGUAGUUAGGAUGCUGUCGGAGCGAUGGUGGAUUGUACAUCGCGGAUGCAAUGGGGAAUGCGUAAUCUUGGGCAGCUGGCCGGCGCGUAGCCACACAUUGUGAUUGUAUGACUGAGACAAUCCCUUACUCCCGCCACUCCUAAUCCCACGACGCUGCAACACGCUUGUUCGAAGGUUUGAAGGUUUGAAGGUGCUAUCAUGGUGGCAAUGAUAGCGGGAACCAGUGAAUGUUGGCUAUACUCCGGAACAACAGCUC